AUGCCCCUGCCGCUCCCCGGCCUCCCGCGAGCGAGCGACGCGCCGGCCUCGCCCCCCGCGCUCCGCCCGGCCCGGCUCCGCUGGCCGCUCGGCACCUGCCCGGGGGCCGCCGCCCGCCCGCUGCCCGCCGAGGACGCGCCGCCGGCGCCGCCGCCGCUGCCGAGCCGCCCGGGCACGCGGCACGGCCGGGCUCCGGGCGCCGCGGCCGCAGCCCAGGUGCGCCGUCAGCUCAGGGGGCCCCCGGCAGGUCGGCGGGUGCAGACAGCCGCGGACGCGGGCCUGAGCUCAUCCCGGGCGCCCGGCGCCCAGAACGCGCAGCCGGCGGCCUCCGGUGAUCACGUGCUGCCGCCCACUCAGGCUGCGCCGGCCCAGCCGCUGUGCCACACACCGGAACCAGAGUGUCCUCCGACUCUGCCUGCGCCUGUGCUCCCGCCUGGCCGUCUGCGUGCAGUCCAGCAAGGCCCGCCGCGGGCCUUGUUUCACCCCUGCCUCUCUGGUCAGCUCACCCGGUCAUUCAGCUCACGAAUUCCUAACUGCACACCAGCCUCUGCAGGCUCAAGUCAGCCAUCACCCUUCUGAGCUUGAGCACGGGGCCAGACGCACCCUGGGCCCAGCCACACCGCUUCCACUUACCGGACACCGGGCUCAGCUCGUGCUUGUGACCGAGCCUCGUUUUCC